AUGAAUAAUAACUGCAUUCAAUCUAAUACACGCAAAGGAGAAAAUAGACUUCUGAACAUUGUAGAUCAAUCGCAAUUGAUUAAACCGGAUUCAAUGAUUUCGAAUCAUAGUGAAAUGAUAGCUCAGCUUAAAGUGAAAAUCGAGGUUCAGCAGGCGACUAUCAAUACAUUAUUGUCAGAAAUGAACGAAAUCAAAAUUAAUUUUCAAUUUCAAAGUAAGUUCAAGGACGACGAGUUGUCCCAUUUAAGAGAAAAGUGUUCAAAGUUUCAAAGUAGAGUUAAAGAAUUAGAAGAUAAUUCGAUUAACAAAUUAAAUAUUGAUCGCCUUCAAAAUUCAUCAGAGAAAUUAACCAAAGAAAGAGUAUCGUUUGAUGGAAACGAAAGUGAUAUCAGCGAAUUGAAUGAAGCUGAUAAGAGUGAAAACAAAGAAAACGACUAUUGCGAGGAAUUUACUGAAAUAGAUGAAAAUACUACUACUACUAUCGCCGACGUCGUUCUGACAUUUUUCACAUAUUUCUUAGGUUUUUUCUUUAUAUUAUUUAAUAGAAUUUUUUCUUAUGAAGGUAUCAAAAAAACCUCUGGUGCGAUUGAUGUUCAGCAAAGUCAAAUACACGAAUUGGCUGAAUUCGAUGAAAAGCUGUCUGUAGCCACCGCCAUUGAUAGUAUUGGCCACAAAACUACAGAAGCCAACCAAGUCCAGCCACUUCGACUGAGCAAAGAAUUAAAGGAAAACAAUCAGGAUAAUAUGAAUUGCGUAUCGAUUACAAGGACUACCCAGAUAGAUCACGAAGUAAAUUUAAUGGACAGUGCGAAUUCUACAUCCACUAAGGAAAAUAUCUGCAAUGUAACUAAUACACUCACGGGUCACAAUGAGAAGUUAAUUGCUGUCCAAAUACAGGAUCAAAUAGAGACCGUCGAUACUACUAGGAAAAAUCCUAAACAAAAACUCAGAGAAAAUAAAUUAGAAGCAUAUUUCAAAUCUGAUCCGAUAGGCGCCCUGCAAGAACUGUGUAGGUCUCGAGAUUGGAUACUUCCGAAAUAUCAGUUUUUUAAAGAAGGUGAUAGCAGGACGUUCACAUACUCGGUUGUGUGUACUGUAUUGUCAUUCACUGUCAGGGUCAAUGGUGUGCAUAAAAAAAUUGGCAAACGACAAGUCGCUACUGAAAUGUAUCACAAAAUAAAAAAUUUUACCAGUAGUAAAGUUGAUUUGGCAAAAUAUGUCUCUGAAAUAAAUCCCAGAGGUAAUGGGAUAGUCAGCGAUGAACGUGUUUUCACGUCUGCGGGAUUCUACUCGAAACCGGACACCACAGAUGUCGUUGACGCACCAGUAUUUACUUUAGCUGAUGAAACGGAAUGCAUAAAAAUUAACAAAGAUUCAGCAUUUAAAACGUGCAAUGAGGUCUUAAGUCACCCAGCGUCACUUAAAGAACACGAUAAUGGUCGUCCUAUCGUCAUUUCAAAAUGCCUUAAUCGCAAUGAAAAUCACGAGUCAUCUGUAAACGAAUCGGUUAUCGUCAAUGAAGACAAUAAAUCAUUAUUUGCUUCUGUAGACGCCGAUCUCGUCGAAAGAUUUCGACUAUCAAAUAAUCCUGGUUUGCGUAAAUUGAAGGAAAUUAAAACAAUAGACAUGCUUACGGUUCCAUCGAAUGUUUUGUUUUUGCAUCAAAUCGCCAGAGAAGAAGAGCUAAUAUUGGAUUAUGAACUUUUCGAAUGUUGCUCACUAACGAUUAGAAAAGAUUUUACGGGUAUUCAACUUACGGUAAACCAUUGUGCACUAACGGUCGUUGGCUUCGGUGAAACGAUACUUGAGAGUCAAGAAGAUGCGGCUUACGAGUGUUUGAGUCGCUUCAAAUCGAUUCUAGAAUAAUAUUCUAGAAGUACGAUCAAAGCAGUAGAUUUCUCCACAGUGUGGCACGAGCGGAUUAAACGGGAUUACUAAAAUUCAUCGAUUGUAUGCGUUUGGAUUAUUCUGCUCAACAAUAAGAUCCGUUAGCAUUUAAGACCAUCAACAUCAAAACCAUAUAAAAACAAUACAAAUUGAAAAUAUCGCUAAACCCAUUAUGUGAUCAUUCAACCCCCUUAGGGUAGAAUAUCUCACUUCUUAUCGAUAUCUACUUGUAAUAAUUUAAUCACUGUUAACUAUAAUAAUGAAUUGUUAAAUAACACUGUUAUUGAAUAAAUGAUAGUCACUAUUCA